AACGACACCGCGGCACACUUUACGGCAUACACGUGCUUCCUGCGCUCUUCUGUGCCCUUCACCGCUCCGCUUCGCAUCCAGAGACGAUUUUUGACCAAAUCUGAGUGAAAUCAUGGCCAAACUAAGCAAAGAGAGCAAGCAGCGUCUGCAGCAGGUGUUCCAGUGCGGUCAGUUCAUCAUCCGCUGGGGCUUCAUCCCCACCGUGCUGUACCUGGGAUUCAAGCGGGGAGCCGAUCCAGGGAUGCCUGAACCCACAGUCCUCAGUUUGCUUUGGGGAUGAAGACGCUCCUGACGAGCACUACAAGACUCAAUGAAGACUGAUCUGAACUGUGUGCUGGGGUGUAAAUACUUCACUGUCACGUCCACACAACGCUUUUGUGUUAUUUUAAGACUUUUCUGGACUUCCUCUUUCUGAAACAUUGCAUUGAGAAACAGACAAAAUGUUUUUUUUUUGUUUUUUUUUAUUGAAUCUUUGAAGAUCAUUGUAAACAGUCAGCAUGUUGUCACAUUCCGGUUUUAAAUAAAUCAAUCAAGUUCAUAAAUGCA